GGUACUAGGAUGUUUAUGCAAGACGAGCUGCAUUUCGAAAACGAGUACUAUACUUACAAUAUUCGAUUCUUAAAAUUAAUUGGCAUUUCGCCUUAUGAAACAUUGUCGUAUCAUAUGUUUCACAUUUGUUUAUUUAAUUUUAUAAUAGCAAUAUCAUCAUUUUCACAUAUUUUUCUGCUAUUCACAUCAGAGAUGAAAAUAGAUCCUAUUACGAAAAUAUUGGAAACGACUUUGCCUACUCUAUGCUUCACAUUGUGUUAUUACAAUUUAUUGUCGAAAAUAAAGAGACUUCUGCUUCAUAUUAAAACGGAUUGGAAUAGUAUGACAUCCAAGCCUGAAUUAAUGAUAUUAAAAAAAUAUGCUAAUCGUAGUAGACAGUGUACAAUAAUAAUCGCAAUUGCCUUUUAUAUGUAUAUUGGGAUUUUAAUAUUUCCAUCCGUGAUACGUAUUAUUUUGUGUAUCUUUGGUGAACUGCAUGCAACUGAAUUAGUAUUACCAAUUUCUAUUAAUUACUUUUUGAUAAAUCAAGAGUAUUUGUAUUUCGUUCUUUUUAUCGAAUAUGCAACGCUAAUUGUCUUAAGCACGAUAGGAAUAGCACACUUUUCUAUAUUUGUAUCACUUGUUCAGCAUUCCUGCGCUCUCUUCAAUAUCGUUGCAUGGAAGAUAGAGGAUGAAUAUAAAAAGAAUUCGCAUAAUUUCUAUCAUGCAGACAAUUAUGACAAAGAAUAUAAGUCAAUCAUCGACAUCAUAGAGUACUAUGAUAACGCCAUUUAUUUCGUCGAUUUAAUAAAGCUGUAUCAUGGGAGAAUUUAUUUGUCCGAGAUAUUUUUCGCCUUAUUUUUCAUUAUCGUAAAUUAUAUUUACUUAUUUCAGAUACUUUCUUUUACGAUUAAUGUGAGCGACGUAUUACAAAAGGUUAAUUAUAUCUUUGGAUCUAUGUUCGUAAUAUACGUUUAUCAUUACCUUGGACAAAAAUUAAUAAAUCAUCACACCGAAAUAUAUAUAAAAUUAUGCCAAAUUCCCUUUUAUUUAUUAUCAUUGAAAACACAAAAAAUGUUGCUAUUCUUGAUAAUGAAGAGCAUGAUGCCAUGUAAUCUUUCGAUUAAAAGAAUGAUCGUACUAUCCCAUGAUCUUUUUGCUACGGUUUUAUAUUCACAUCCGAUCUCAAUAUUUCAAAUAUAG